AUGCGACCUGAGAUCUUGGAAAAGGCGGAGAUCGGAGAUGUCGACCGGUGCACAGUCGCGGCGUCGGACGUCAACCCCGACCAGACCGCGGAGCAGGGGACGGCCGCUCCUGUUGCCGCUGAAGACGCCGCGCCACAGGGUCACAGAGCAACCUGCAGCGGCGGCGGGCGCCGAGGACCAAUCUGCCCCGGCGAGUGCUGCGACGAGCACUCAGCCGAGGGUGUUCCUGUGUUCGACAUGUGUUCUUUCUUGCAGGGCGCGAUGAAAACGAAUAAUAAUAUUUAUGAUACCACGACCACGCCCAUCUUCCCGAUCAAGCUUCUCUACACCUCGACCACGCCCAUCUUCCUGUACUCCGCCAUGGUAGUAUCGGUCCUCUACAUGGUGUCGCAGCUGCUCCACUACAGCCGCUUCGGCGGUGGCGUGCUCGGUCGUCUGCUCGGGGUCUGGAAGGAAGCCAGCUACGCCGCCGUCCCGGUCGGCGGCCUCGCCUAUUACGUCACGCCGCCGUCCAGUGUGGUCGCCGACCCGCUCCACGCGCUCAUCUACACCGUGCUGCUGCUCGCAUCGUGCGCGCUGCUGUCUCAGUUUUGGGUGAUCACUUCGGGGUCGUCGGCGAGGGACGUCGCGAGGCAGCUCGCGGACCAGCGCCUGGCCAUGCCUGGAAGGCGUGAUGGUGCUACCUACGAGCACCUCAAACGUCACAUCCCCACGGCGGCCGCUGUCGGAGGCCUCUGCGUCGGAGCGCUCUCCAUCUUCGCCGACAUGACCGGAGCCAUUGGCAGUGGCACUGGAAUUAUGCUCGCCGCCACUGUCGUCUAUAACCUCGUCAACUCCAUUCAGAAGGAGGAUUAAGCAUCGUGCUACACAAGAUAGGAAUUAGGAAGGAUACUGAAAUAAUCAUUGUAAUGCAAUUUGGCAAUUGGUUCUUUCUAUUUUCUUUGUAGUUUGUAGUUGUUGCCAAGUGU